CCCUUUUCCCUUUGUUUUUCUUAAAUGCGCUCCUUUAUUGUUUUUCUUUUUAUUACAACAGGAAUAAAAGGGAAAAUGGGCCAAGGGGAGCAGUGGUCGAUGCCCAUGGGCCUUCUAUAAAUUCUCAGCUCCAUUCGUCUUGGCAACCAGCCAACUCUGAUCCCCAACCAGGCCACAACAAGUCAACGAGACGAGCUUCCCCUCCGGAACCUCAGGAGCAGAGCCGAGGGAGAGAGGGAGAUCCCAGCAAAUCCGCCACCAUGUGCUACCAGGUGAAGUGCGGCACCUGCGGCAAGCCGACAUGGGCGGGGUGCGGCCGGCACGUCGCGUCGGUGCACGCGCAGAUCCCGGAGGGCCAGCACUGCGCCUGCCGCGGCUGGCCCGGCGUCGCCCCCGUAGAGAAGAAGGCCGCCGCCGACGAUGCUGGGAAGGCCUCCGGCGGCACCGUCGCUUCCGCUCCCGCUCCCGCGGAAGGCGGCGCUGCGCAGUGAGAUUGGCGUCGGCGGUUGGUGUUCUGUGUCCCCUGACGAUCUGGGGUCGAUUGAAACCCCUCCGUGUCCAUGGAACGAAACGUGUGGUCGUCGUGCUACCAGCGAUUGUAUUGUAUCCACUUCUCCGUGUUGCGUGGUCUAAUUUGGUACUGUAAUGAACACUGUCCGCACUUUGAUGCGGAUUGACCAAAUAAAUGUCUCAUUCUUCACAAUUGUGUAGUUAGUGCACUUCCAAUAAAAGUUUAAUGAUAAUUUU